AUUAAAAUCUGAUUUUACUUUUUUCAAAAAUUUAAUUUUUGUUUUCUCUUUCUUCCUCAUUUAAUGCUUCAUCUAUGCUAUAUGUGUUUGACACCAAUCAAAGAUUACAUCUUUCACUUCCCCACUCCUAAGCCCCAAAAACCCUCCUUUUUUAUAUCAAAUAUUUUCAAUCAUAAAAAUUGAAAGUAAGAGUUAAAGAGUUCUUGAUUUUUUCUGACUCAUAUGGUAAAGAUUGAUAUUUGGUUUGCCGGCUAUUACAUUGGAACGGAGUUUAGCAUGUACGCACCAGAAGGGUAGCGGCUGCGGGUAAAAAAGAAGAUUGAUUUUUUACCAUGUUUAUGCCCUAUCAUUGUCUGGUUUCUUAUGAGCUUGGGUCUGGAAACGACGAUGCUUGCUGUUAUAACUGUUUUUUCAGUUCACAAAUUUUGAAGAGAGCUUGAGAUCAGCGGGUGAAUAUGGGUGCUGAGAAACACGGUUCCAAGAGUGGAGGAGGUUAUGUUGGUGGUUUCCUGCAGUUAUUUGAUUGGAAUGCAAAAUCACGAAAGAAAUUGUUCUCUAGCAAGUCUGACAUACCAGAGCAACCCAAACAGAAGAAGAGAUGUGAUGGGAACUUGCCUGUGACUCGGGUUCAUCUGCACAAUGAGGAUGCUGGGUCCAGUGUCAAAGGAAGCAGUGAUUACAGUUGUGCCUCGUCGGUGACUGACGAGGAAUAUUAUGGAAUCAAACCUGCUGGUGUUGUUGCAAGGCUUAUGGGAUUGGAUUGCAUGCCAUCUUCUACUUUUUCAGAGCCUUACUCUACUCCGUUUUUCGAUUCCCAGUCUCUAAGAAGCGCUCCUUGCCUUUCAAGUAACCUCGAGUACCAGCAAAAUUUUCAAACAGUAUAUUCCAGCAACCUCCAUGAAAAGAUGGAGGCUCUAGGCAGGAGCUCAUUGGAGCCAAAGCACCAGAAGAUAAUCAGCAGGCCCAUCGAGAAGUUUCAAUCGGAGAUGUUGCCUCCUAAGUCGGCUAAAUCAAUCCCAAUCACUCAUUGUAAGCUUCUAUCGCCAAUCAAAAGUGCUAAUUAUAUCCCACCUCAGAAUGCCGCUCACAUAAUGGAAGCAGCCGCCAGAAUACUUGUCGCAGGACCUCAUCAAGCUACUUCGAAAUCAAAACUGUCCCUAAAUGGAUCUUCUUCAGCUCCCUUGAAGGUAAGAGAUUUAAAAGAAAGGGUUGAAGCUUCUCAAAAGAUAGUAACCAAGAUUGCUGAAGCUUCUCGAAGGCCAGCUGAGUCUAAUGCUUCUAAGUGCCUUAAAGGGCAACCCAUGAAUAAGAGCUGGAAUGGAUCGGCAGAUACAACAACAACCAGGCAGAAGGAUUUCUCAGAUUCUGAUGAAUCUUUUAUUGUAGGUAAAACUAAAGGAAAAUCUAUUUCAUUAGCCCUGCAAGCAAAAGCCAAUGUCCAGAAAAGAGAGGGUCUAUAUCAAGGCAGUAGCAGAACUGUACUUGUCGAGAAAGAACCAAGUAAAGGCAAUUCAAACCAGUUAUUUACAAGCCAACCUAGUACAGAAAAGAACACGCACAAGAAGCCAUCUGUACAUUAUAGUUCAAGUGUUCUGCGGCAGAAUAAUCAAAAACAAAAUAGCAUAGCUGAUAGGGGGAAGUCACCUUCUAAGCAAUUUCUUUCCAACUCACAAGGAAAACGAACACUUAGUGGUGAUUCUUCCUUUACGCGACAGAGAAGCUCAGGUAAAACGGCUGAAAACUCUAAGGUCAGUUCCAGGAGGUUGAGCAGAGAGGCAGACGAUAAAAAGGAAGAAACAUAUUCUUGUACUAAAAGUGUGUCGCGUAAGAAACGGCCUAGUGACGGUGAUAUCCAAUAUGAGAAAAUUCAGGCCGCUGGGAGCAUGUCUACUCAUAAAAGUGGAAAGUUGAUUCAGUCUGGCACAUUCAUGGAUAGGGAAAUAAGCUGGGGCGAGAACAGUAAAGGGAAAGGGACAGACAUUAUUUCCUUUACAUUCAAUGCUCCCCUAACACGAUCGGUACCCACCCCUGAGCCCCCAAGAGAAGCAUUAGGGAAAAGUCACGAGUUUAGCACAGAUUUUCGAAUUAAAAAGGCUCCUUUUGGGCAUAACUUGAGUGGAGGGGAUGCUUUGAGCAGUCUUUUGGAUCAAAAGUUAAGAGAAUUAUCUUACGUAGUUGAGUCGUCACGCCAGAAAACAGGAACAUCCAGUAGUUCCUCAUCAAUUUUCCAGGAUCUGUCACCAGCUCCGAAUGGCUUAUUGAAGACCACCGGGAACCAUGAUAACAUGGAAGUGGAUGAUUUGGUCAGCUGCUGCAACCCCGGAUUUUCUUCUACUGGGCAGCACAGGCAUCAGGGGUUUGAAGAGGAACUGAGUAGUGAGUAUGGCAGCACUGACAGGAAGGUGUUUGGCAGUCGGUUCCCAAGCCCUAUAUCUGUUCUUGAGCAUUCUUUUCUUACUGACAGUUGCAAUUCUUCAGAUACUGCAGAAAGUAACAAUACUGGAGCUAGCAAGCAAAGUUCAUCAGUACAAGCUAAAGAAGUGUUUGGUAUAGGCUCGCGGAAAAAGUUCCAUUCUAUGGAGCCUGAUGUAGAUUUGUUAGACUCUGCCUCUUCAACUUCUGGUAAAAAGGAAAGGUCGAUGGAUCCUGGGAAAUCACCAAACUGGGAGCUGGAAUAUGUGAAGGAUAUACUAUGCAAUAUUGAGUCGAUGUUCAUGGAUUUUGCAGUGGGCAGGUCUCACGAGAUCAUCAAUCCACACCUUUUUGAUCAAUUGGAAAGGGUAAAUGGUCGUGGACAUGAUGAGUUAAAAGAAAGACGAAAGGUUGUAUUUGAUUGUGUGGGUGAAUGCUUGGACUUAAGAUGUAAGGAGUAUGUGAAGGGUGGAUAUGAUAGAUGGUCAAAAGGUGUAUUGGUGGUCAGAAACAACGAGAGGCUAGCAGAAGAAGUAUAUAGGGAAAUUUCAGGGUGGAGUGUCAUGGGAAACUGCAUGGUUGAUGAACUCGUAGAGAAGGACAUGAGCAGCUACUUUGGAAGAUGGCUCGACUUUGACGUUGAAGCCUUUGAACUUGGAAUACAGAUCGAGAAACGAUUGCUAAAUUCAUUGAUUGAUGAAGUAGUUGCUGACAUCUUGGUACUCUAAAAGAUUAUCUUCAUCCCCCUUGAAAGUGAACUCGAUAUCAAUUAUUGAUCUUGCACAUUCUUCUUGUAUGCUUUUUUCUUACAUCUCUUAAGAUUCUUUCUUCUAGUAGUCACUGAGAAAGAAAAAUGAAACUGACCCCAGCUUUUGGAUGUUUCAUGUCUUCCAUUAUAGAUUAUUUGUUUGAGGUGAUGUUACCAGAAUGUCUACAUCCAAAUUUCAUUUAUCAGUUUGUUAUCUUUC